AUGGGAAAAGGAUUUCAAAAUUUCAUGUCCAAGAAGGACUUCCAUCCUUCGGCAUGGUGGAAUCUCAAAAGAGUACGUCAUUUAUUUCGAUGUUUGAUAAAUAAAUCCGAUUUCUUCAAGGUAUGGGAAGCGCGACAGAAAAAGUCCAUGGACGAGAAAAAACAAGAGGAACUUCGAGUGCAGUAUGAAAAAGAGCAGGAAAUUCUGAAUAAUAAGUUUGUCAAAAGUUUCAAAUUUUGGUUUUAUAAAAAUUUUGGUUUCAGGGCGCUUUUGGGAGAUGAGAAGGCGAAAAUGGGACUUUCUUUCAUGUACGACGCUCCCGCCGGUAUGACCAAACGAGAAGAGCCCAAGGUAUUUUUAUGGAAUGAAGAAAUCUCUCUUCAAUCUGCAAAUUUCCAGGAAGAACCGAAAUUCGAAUGGCAACGGAAAUAUCAAGCGCCACGUGAAGAUUGGGCCAAAGGAAAUGAUUUGAUUCAGGAUCAGCCUUUUGGUAUUCAGGUUUGAAUUAAUUCAUUUGAAACAGAGAAGUUUAUAAUAAAUAAUGAAUUUUUAGGUUCGAAACGUGCGUUGUUGUAAAUGCCACAAGUGGGGGACAUAUUAACACGGAUCGAGAAUGUCCGCUUUUCGGAAAAAGUGGAAAUUAUGAAGACGAAGGAUGUUGGUUUUUCAAUUUUCGCUUGAAAUUAAUAAAAUAGAAAGUUGGACUGAAAAAAAGGGAUUUUUCAGAAGGAUUUUUUUGUUGGUUAGAACAUAUGGAGACUGAAGUUUUUCAUCUUUUUGCCUAUUUUUGUAAUUUUUUACUUUUUUUCUUUGGGGAAUCUCUCAGAAAAACAGAAAAAAAGUUGAAAAAAAGCUUUCGUAGGGAUAUUUUUUUGAGUAGAUGAAAGCCAUGAAACUUGUAUUUUUUUCUAAUUAAAAAAAUAAUGAAAAAUCAAAUGGUUGAGUUUUUACGGCGAUGAAACGUUUUAGUAACCGUGAUAAGUAGAAAUCACGAAUUUUUUUAUUCUAUGAUAAUAUUUAUAGUUUAUUCAUAGUUGAUUUAAAACCCAGACUGUACUUUAGUAUUAUUCAUUGUUUCGAGCAGAAAAGAGAGUCAAUAGUUCAUAAAAAUAUUUUGAUUGCGGUUUUUUCAGAUGCGAACAACCCGUCGGACUUGAUCAAGGACCUGCGAAGAGAACGAAAAGGGGAAAAGAAGUCGGCAAACAUGGAGAAAGCAGAAGAAGACGAGGAAUGGGUCGACAAGGCGCAGCUCGCAGAGAGCAUGAAGGAGGAGCACGGCCUGAUGCUCAAGGGCAACGUUCUCACAGGUAGCUGGAACUCCACUUAAACAAUCAAAUCUAGAGUCUUCUGAAUAACAUACUCUCUUCGGUUGAAAAAAUAAGAGUGCUCUUUUCUUCAUUCUGCAAAAGUUAUUCAAGUUUUUAGCCCCGUUCCGACAGAUUUAAUUCUCUGAACUAAUGAAAUAUUGAUCAAAGGACAAUCAUUUUGAGAGCAAAACUGAAAAAUUGAAUAAAAAUGGAAAAAAAAACUUUAUCACCAUUCACGUAACAAACUGCUUGAAGGUUUCAACUUUGGACUUUAAAAUAUUUAAGAGGUUUUGUGGAAAACAAAAAUGAAAGUUGCAUCAGGACUUAUAAACUUUUUGCUAAACUUGACACUGUCUCGCUUCUCUGGCUCUCCUUUCCCUCACCGUUGAGGCCGUAAAACGUGAAAACAGUGUGCAAACAAGAGAGAAUAGUUCUAAUCUUGAAAUUAAAGGUUUAAAUUUUAAAACGGAUCGAUGAAAACUGAACUGUUCGUUUUUUUUUUUCUCUCGCAAAGAUAAAAAGGAUUUAUUUCAAAAAUAAAUUUGACAAUUUUUUUGCAAAAUUUUAUUAUUUUUUUCUCGCGAUUCGGUUGCCCCCUUUCUGCUGGAAGAACUCAAGCAUCGAGCAAAAUUCAAAUAGUUAAAUAGAAGCUUCCGUCAAUAAGCUACUAAACCAACCACAACCAAAGAUUUCAAAGGAAAUUUUCUAGGAAUGCGGCAAGAACAGCAGUUGAUGUCGAUGAAGAAAGAGCUCUCGGAGGCCGAACAAAUGCAGGAAUUCCUGUCGUCGUUGAGCGACAAGGAGAAGAAGAAACUCAUGAAGAAGUUGAUGGGCGGCGGCGAUCCUUCUGAGUCCAAGAAAGACAAGAAAAAGAAGAAGAAUAAGAAGGCAAAGAAGGAGAAAAAGGACAAGAAAAAUUCACGGAAACGCCGUCAUGACUCGGACAGCGAGAGUGAGGAUGAGAAGGAAGGUUUGUUGAUCAUUAGAAAUGAAAUAAAAUUUAAUGAUGUCUUUUUUUUUUUUAGGAAAACGAGCCAUCAAAAGGGAGCCCAGUUCGAGCGAGGACAGUCCGCCACCGCCGUCCUCUUCUCGGAAUCAAAAAUCAAGUAGGAACUAUCAAGUUUAAAAAAUAUUUCAGCUCAUGAGCAGAUUUCGUUAACCGAAGGUGCAAGAAAAUUUUCAAAUAUGAAAAUUUUGAGGAUAUACUGGUUUUCUUAUAAGCCUUGACCGCAUUUGGAGUGGUUCAAAGCCUUGAAGUUGUGUUUAUUACUUUUUUGCAGCCUGCUAUUAAAAUUUGAUGCCGAAAGUCGUUUUAGGUCCGGCGCUUCUCAAAAAAGCCAUUCCAAGUGCGAUCAUACCUUUUAGGUUACGGUGAAUAAAGCAUUUAGGCAACUUCUAAAAUAUUGGUACAAAAAGAUUUUUUUCAAUACUGUGACUAAUUUGGAACUUUUAAGUAGGUACUUUUUGGAUACGAUUCUUUUUUUCUUAGAGUUUUAGUUUUUAACUUGUUCAUUUAGAACUUUUUCACCAAUCUGAAUAAAGCACAGAAAAACUUUUUUAAUAGAAAUAAACCUGAAAAUUACAGAAAAUUUCUCCAAUUUUUUUAAAUAAUUGAAUUUACACUGGUUAGGGCGAAUUGUUUUCGAGUUCGAAAUUCUUUUUUUACUUAGAGUUUUUCUAGCUGACAGCCCGUACAAAAAUUUUUUUAAAUUUCUAGCUCAAUGAUAUGUAAGUUCUUCCCACUCCGAUAUGAUAUUUGGUUGAAAAAAACCGACUGAAAAAUUUUAGUUUAUUUUUUUAUUUUUUUGGUGCGUCACUGAUAAAGAAACGUUACUAGCUUUCAAAGAGCGAAAAUAGGUUAUUUUGAAGAUGGCUUAUAGAAUUCUCAUGUUUUCAUCCUUUACAUCUGCGUAACAUCCUGAGCUGAUCAUCCGCAUUUUCUAGGCCGAAAAGAAGGGAAAAAGAGCGUGAAGGAGGAAUCGGCUUCAUCGGAAGACGAUUCUAGACGUGAGACAUUUGAUUUGGUAUUUCCAACCCGAAUCCGAGCGUUUUUUCAGCAAUGUUCAAAAGCCAAGGACGUCACCGACGUCGAAGCUCUUCAUCUCCAUCGCCACGCCGCCAAACUUCCAGGUUUCUAUGGAUAUCCCUGCGGCUUAGACUCCCUCUGCACUCCUAGGGGAACUCUUAUACUUCCGCCUUUUUUAUGCGCAGAAGCCCCACUUGCAGAAUUUAGUUUGAAGCCUGUGAAAGGCCGAAAAUCACGGGGCUUUGGUUUUUUGGACCAGUGCGGCUUUGCGACAUUUGAGCUGAUUUUUGUUUUAACGUGAGAGUUCGAGAAAUCAGUUUUCGAGAAUACAGUACUGUUAGAAGUCUUUGGAAGAAAAAUUUUACAGAACAUUGCUAAUUUUCUUCCUUUCAAUUCAACUUCAUUUUUAUAUGGAAAACGUGAGCGAGCUAAUAAUUUUCGAAUUCAGUUCUUUCAAAACUACAUAUUUCGAUUUGAAGUCUUUAAAAAGCCGCGAUUCGUAGAGCUUUUCGCUUUUAGAAUUGCUUGAAGUAGUGAGACGCUUUUUCUUCUUUGUUGAUAAGUUUUUAACUUUAGUCAACACUAGGUCGGAAACCGUAGAUUAUCUUUCAAACCUUAUAUGGAAAACGUGAGCGAGCUAAAAAAAAACAAACCAGUGACCACGGUGAACCUGUCAAAAUUAUGUCGAGGAAGCUCUGAAAUUAUAAACCUACUGUUAACUUUUUCAUUCACAAAGAAUCAGUUUUUUUAAAGGAAGAAAUUUUUCAAACAGACGUCAAGCUUUCUCUGAGAUUCUGAUAAUGCUAGAAAGAGUUUUGUGGAGCAUAUACUGCCUCAGGCAUCUCUCAACGAAUCCAACGUUUUCAGAAGGGAUCGUUCACGUUCGCGGUCCAGAUCUCCACGACGGGACGAACGACGACGUCGCCGCAGCGGUAGUCGCAGCCGCAGAUAG